UAUUUUGAAAUGCUACAUUUAUUCCACAUUUUACGCUCCACUUGCAAACAGUUCUUGCGCUUCGUUGCUUAUAUACGAACCCAAACGACCAGCGCAUUAUUUGCGUCCCAUAAUAGAAACCUCCGGCCGACUGGCCCGGACGAGGAAGAGCCUUUCAGCCUCGUCACCCCGCGUCAUACACAACAGUUCAUGGGAAACGAAUACCAAAUGGCGUCCUUCAACAUGGUCACCCGGAUAGACGGGACCGAGGGCUUUAACACGCAGUCUAUUGAAGAACGGAAUUUCCAAGCUGCACUGAUCAUGACAGAGUGCCAUUUUACAAGGAAGCCACCAGUUGGGCGAAAGACGGUGAAUAUGACACUGGCGACAAUAAAGAGGACUAUGGAGAAGACUCUUAAUGUUUCGGAGAUUAGAGAAGUGCUUGCGAAAAACGUGGAUAUCUGGAUGAGGUUGCAACUUGUGUUUUACGCAGCGAUACCGAGGCUUGGGGCGAGAUCAUUACAAGAAACGUAUUCAGAGACGGCACCACGGAAUAUUGAUAUACCCGAAAGUAGCACACUCAUUGCAGAGAACCAUGUGACGUUACUGGAGGACCUGACCUUGCUCAACAACCUUCUUGUGAUCGCUAGAAACAUGCUGGCCAUAAAGGAGGUUGCCCAGGAUAUAUGUUCGACGGUGCAGCUGGACAAGCAGAUCACGAAGCUCAUCGUACUUGGCGUCAAUGUUACGAGCAAGGGCUAUGAUGGAGAGAAUGUGGACAACCAUACGCGGGGCAAACUAAACGAGAUAACGGAACUUUACAAGAAGCUCCUUGUGACCUGCUUGCAGUUUCUGCAUAAUAUGACGAUGGGCAAUGAUAGACUCAAGAUGGUGUUCUGGUUUGAUAUGCUGUUUGAUAACGACCUUCACAAUGAUGCCAUACAUGGAUUGCCCAACGACGGCCUCCGCGUCGAUGUUGUGUAUGAAGAGGUUAAGAACUGGCUUAAGAGGAAUUCACAGAAGUCGCCUGCAGCACAAGUUCUUCUGGCAAAAUAUACGGAGGAUGUGCCUUUAGGACAUAACGGCGGACCACUUCCCCCUGAUUUCUGGGGAGACGAUUCAAAAGCGGAAAUAGUCUCCGUCAACAGCGAGUUGUCGCAACAGCCUACAACGGUGCCAGUUUGGUCGGAGCAGGCACCGACAAAGGCUGAGCAAGAUCGUAUGUAUGGAAGAGUCUCCCAUGAGAUCGAUGUUUGGUGGAAGCGCGUUCGAGACGCAAAUUACGACAACUGGGUUGUGCCGAUGGAGACGGUUGAGGGUGCGAUAGCUCGUGCACAGUCAUGCAAAGGCAAUGCGAUGACUCGCUAUAUCCCGAGGGUCGAGCAAGACGAAGAUUUAGAAUUCGACCACAGGGAGGGAUACGAAGAGGAGCCGGAAGAUGAAGUCCACCACGAAGAAGGCGAUGGGUACUCUAUACACGCUGAUGAUGGACAUGUGGAAGGAGAAGAAGAGGAGGAGGACGACGAUGAUGACUCCUAUGUUGAAGGGUCGUUGCGCGGUUUGCUGACUGAAAUACCAAACAUUCUUGACACGAAACAGAUCGAGGCCCUGCAUAUGACUGUGAAAGCAUGCAUCGUCGAUGCUAUGGGUUCCGGUCUAACAAAAUCCGGAGAGAACCUGCAAAAGACCAGAUGUAAGAUGUUCUUGGCUCUGGACUGUGGCAAGAACCUUCUCCGAGAGAUGCUUGUUCUUAUAGCAGUGUGGGAGCAGGCCGAAUCGCAGUUUAUUUUCCAAAUCACAGCUCAGAUCAUUGAGUCCUUCCACCACAAUGCUCUACUGCCGUACGCCUGGAACUCUCUGCGGAUACUGAAAGAUAUUGUAUCUCCAGCACAGACGAUCCUUCUCCGCCUGGUCAACUACAUGUUCCGCGCUCGCAAAAACACCACCAUCUACUCUGAUGUCAAGGAUUUCAACCGCGACGCCAAGCUCAUCCACUUCCUCUACAACUACUUCCGCUGCCGUGUCGUCCCGGACUGCAUCGCUCUCAUCUACGCCCAAGCACAAAUUCGUGGAAACCGCUCGCAUCCGCAAGACUUCCCAGUCGACCUGUGGGAUAUGGAGCGCUCCAAGGACGGCUUAGCACAGUACCUAGACUUCAUGUAUGUCAUCGCUGACAUCCCUGAGAUGCGACCCCUGCUUAUCGAGUGGGAAACGACAUAUGAACUCAUUGCUCUUCUCAACGCACUCGAAGCCGGCGUAGCUCGUAAACCGCUCACCGAGCUGAGACGUACUACCCCGCCUGCAGCGCGUGCCAACAAUGGAGACGCAAGCAGCGCCGAGGGCGACAAGAACUACGACCCCUCUCAGCCGCAGGCUCCACUUGAUUCGCAGAAUGUGCAACCUGGCCCACCACCUCUUCACGACACCCCCCACAAGUUCCCAUGGCGCGGCAUCAAGGUGCAAAUCCUCAUUAUUCUCACCUCUCUCGUGGCGCCCUCCAAUGGACGGUCCGGGCCUGGAAACCCCGUCGUGCAGAAGCAGAUUCUCAAGUAUGGCGGUAUCAUGGCGCUCUUGAACUGCUGCGUGUACGAUGGGCACAACGAGUACCUGAAGGAGCGGGCGACGCUUUGUAUUAAGUGGGUGAUGGAAGGGUGCAUGGAGGCGCAGGACUUUGUGCGCGAGCUGAGUCCGCUGAAGAAUCAGAAGCAGGACGUGGAGAUGGUGAGGUCGAAGGGGGUGGAUCAGGUUGGGCCGGUUGGCGGCGGCGAAGAUGUGGUGGCGCAGUCAGCACCACAGCAGUCGAAAGAGAACGAGAAGUUCGAGAUGGAGAGGUUGUCGAGGAUGGCGGAUGCAGUGGAGAAGAUGAGGAUUGCGAAUGUCGCCGCGGCGAAGAAAGGGGGGGAUGUUGGAAAUGAUGUUCGAUUUUAGCAUAGCCAGGCGUUUUAUGAGGGGUGGCGGGCUAUGAAAUAUGGGAAGUUUUACGGGGUAAGAGUUAGGUAAACUCAUGGAUGGCGUUGCAAAAGAACGGCACGGUCAUAUAAUAGGCUUUUAGACUAUUGUAAAUAUCAUCACAGUACU